AUGCGCGCCGCAAUCCUGCUCCUCCUCGCCGCGGCGCGGGCCGCGCCGCCGUCGGCGGUCUACAUCAUGCGCCACUGCGCGAGGUCCACGUACUUACCGGACCUCGAGGACGAGAAGACCUACCCGUACCUCGCGAACUACUCCGACGGCGGCGAGCUGGCGGACUGGGGCGUCGCGCCGACGCUCUGCACCGCGCGGGGGCGCAAAAUCGUGAAAGGUGAGGGCGCGUUCAUGAAGAACGAGUUCGCGCGAUACGAUUCGCUCAAGGUCUUCCACGACUCCGGGUCGCAGCGCGACACGACGACGGCGGCGGACUUCCUCGCGGGCCUGGGCUCAUCCGUCGAGUCCGUGGCCGCGCCCGAGGUCUUCAAUCCCAUGAAGGCCAAGUUCUGCCCCUACCUGACGGAGUCGGAGUCGGCCGCCGCCGUCGCCGCGCAGCUGGCGCGCGUGCCCGAGCCGGACGCGCUCGCCGCGCGCGUCGAGGUCCUGCAGGAGGUCCUGGGCGCGGGCGUCGCGCCGGCGAUGCAGAACAUCUCGUCCGAGGUCGCGGACGGCAGGUGGCGCGGCGGCGCGGCCAUCGCGGCGGCGUGGAUCGAGGCCAUGCUCCUCCAGCUCGGGGCCGGCAUCCCGCCCGCGUACGGCCGCGCGGACGCGGCGGACGUCUACGCGCUCUUGGACAUCCACGUCUACGCGAGGGCCAUCAACGACCGGCCCUGGGCCAUCGAGCGGCGCGGCGGGGCGAACAUGCUCGCGCACGCGCGGAGGGACCUCGUCGAGGGCUCGGGCGCGACGCUGUACGUGGGCCACGACACGACGCUGGACCAGAUGGGCGUCCUGCUGAAUUUGACCUGGGCCGACAUGCCCCCGUAUCCCACCAAUACGCCGGCGCCCGGGUCGAUAUUGAAGUUGGAGGCGGCCGACGACGCGGACGGCGGCCGCAGCGUGACGGCGACCUACUUCUACGUCGAAGACUUCGAAAACGACGACGGCGCAUUAGGCAUCGCGGGCGCGACGACGUUCGCCGGCGGCGCGACGUCCAUGCCCCUCGAGGAAUUCGCCGCGCGCGCGAACGCCACGAUCGACUACGCCUGCGUCCGCUUCUAG